GCGUUCCUAAGGGCUCGGUGCCGGCCUUUGUCUGUCUGCGGGCGCGCGCGGCUGUGGUGAGUGAGGCCGCUGGCUGGGUCAAUACACCCAGACAAGGCAGGGCCCCGCCUUCAGGCCGCCGCCUCCGACCCCCACCCCCUCGCGUCCCUGAGCAGGCCUGACCAGCCUGGAGCCUCCCCAGAGAGGCCAGCUGCGAGGCGAGAGGUCUGCGGCCCGCAAGAAAAGGUCUAGCUGGACCGGAGAGCUGGGUGCCGAGAAUCUUCAGGAAUUUGAUUCCGCACACCUGUGCAAUCUAUGGAGAAAAAUACGGCAAUUUCCCUUCAUUAAUCAGGAGGUUCUUGAAACAUAGCUGAGCUGUUACUUGAAUAUCUCACAGCCUGUGGAGAGGCACAGCUGAAAAUUCUACCCAAGGUGUUCUGAGCAAACUAUUUGCUGACUCACCAAGGACAGGGUCCAGCCUCAGGCAGCAGGUACUCAAGUACAGCCCAUGGAAGAAUCAUACGAAGAGGUGGUGAUUAAGCUCAUACAGCAGGAGUGGACAUGUUUGGAUUUCCAACAGCUACCCUGCUGGACUGUCAUGGAAGAUAUGCCCAGAAUGUAGCCUUUUUCAGUGAGUCUGUUGAUUGCUGGGAUGCCCUCAAGUCACAAUAAUCAGUGUCCCUGUUCUCACCACUGGACAACAGGCUGGGGAUGCAGAGAUGUUCCUUUGGUGAAACUCACUAUUUUUAGGGGUUACAGGGAAAGCCUACAAGCUCGAGUUAGAAACAGCAAGAGAACAGUUUUGAUAUGUAGGUAGUAUCUGAGAAAAUGAAUGAGCAGUUUUAAAUCUCAGCACAAUCACUGAAUGAGCAAUGCAUAUUGGUGCAUCUUACAUGACUUCCCUCUCAUUUUACCAGAUGUGAUGACAGAAGCCCACCAAAAAUAUGAUCACUCUGAGGCCACAGGAUCCUCAAGCUGGGAUUUCCAGAAUUCUUUCAGAAGAGAGAAGCUGGAACAAAAAUCCCCAGAUUCUAAGACACUACAGGAAGAUCCACCUGGAGUGAGACAGAGGGUCUAUGAGUGCCAGGAAUGUGGAAAAUCCUUCAGGCAGAAGGGUAGUCUAACAUUACAUGAGAGAAUCCACACUGGUCAGAAGCCCUUUGAGUGUACCCAUUGUGGAAAAAGCUUUAGGGCCAAAGGCAAUCUUGUUACACAUCAACGAAUACACACAGGAGAGAAGCCCUAUCAGUGCAAGGAGUGUGGGAAAAGCUUUAGUCAACGAGGUAGUCUGGCCGUUCACGAAAGACUCCACACGGGACAGAAACCCUAUGAGUGUGCUAUUUGUCAGAGAAGCUUCAGGAAUCAAAGUAACCUUGCUGUUCACAGAAGAGUUCAUAGUGGUGAGAAGCCCUAUAGAUGUGAUCAGUGUGGAAAAGCCUUCAGUCAGAAAGGAAGCUUAAUUGUUCAUAUCAGAGUCCACACAGGCCUGAAACCCUAUGCCUGUGCACAAUGCAGGAAGAGUUUCCACACCAGGGGGAACUGUGUUCUGCAUGGCAAAAUCCACACAGGAGAAACACCCUAUCUGUGUGGCCAGUGUGGGAAAAGCUUCACUCAGAGAGGGAGUCUGGCUGUGCACCAGCGAAGCUGCUCACAAAGGCUCACCUUGUAACCACUCUCUUCAGAGGAAGUUCUCUUUAUGAAUUAACAGGAUAAAAUCACCUGAGAUUAAACAGCCUAUCCAGUUUUAUGGAAUGAAUGGAGACUCCUUCAGAAAGACCAUCACUGGGUAGAGCAAACUGAGUUUUCUUUUUUCCCCCCAAAUGAGUAUGAAAAAUAAAUGUCUUGUUUAUUAUCAUUA